ACUAUUCCUUUAAGGUUUUUUUUUUUUAGAAAGUAUACAUGAACAGGAUUGAGACAAGACUGAGACAAGUCCUCAGAUGCAUGUUUAUCAUUAAAAACUAACAAAACAAAACAAACCCUAAAAAAUAAAUAAAUAAAAUAAAAUAAAAUAAAAAAUCAGCUGAAACCAGCAUAAACUGGUUGUCUUAGCUGGUCACCCAGUCAGUCAGCUGGUUUUUAGAGGGGUUUAAUGCUAAGAGACCAUCUAACCAACUAUCUUAGACCAUCGGUCACAAAGCAUCUUCAGUCAUCUUUGAUGGGUUACGCAUGGAAAGGCGCUUGGAGGGAGACCAAAAGUGACUGAAUGCACACUGACAGUACUGAGACAGCGGAAAUCCUUCUAUCACUGCCAACAGGGCGUCUGGCAAUCAAGAGACAGAACGAGGCUAAUCGGCCCUCAUAACCCGGUAUUAUCUCGGUAGCUACGGACGCCCACUGACGACAGCCGGCAGUACACGGUGCGAGCGUCAUCUGUGAGCUUUAUUUUCUCAGACACUCCGAGCCAGUGGAGAAGAGGGGGAGAGAAGGAGGGAGGGGGAGAAAAGGAGUGAGGGGGAGAGAGAGAGGGGAGUUUGAAUCUAUCCGCCCGCACAAUCUAUUCACCACCUCGUCUGGUAGAGGACGCGCGGUGCCUUCUCGCUUCAUGGAUUUGAUGGUUUCCCUCCAGCUCACGAGUACGCACGGGAGUCAGAUGGCUGUUUGUUUUGCUCCUAAAAUCAAAGGCUCAUUCACUCCAAUGGUGAGUUUCUUGGCGUAGCUAACGUCAGAGCACGCGAUGGCGGAGCCGCAGGCUUCCCAAUCCGUGGCGGGAUCCUUGUACGAGCUUGGCUCCUCCGAGGCAACCACUCCGACCCGGGACUCUGUGGAGAUUGCAGCAGCGGCAGCGGCGCUGAGCAUCAGCGAUACCCACAACGCGGGCAUGCGAGCAUACCUGGACGUGUCGGCAGCUGCACUCGCUGGUGGUGGGUACCCGGUGUACGGGGCCGAGGGAGUAUACUCGAACGGACGGUACAGGGAACACAGCAGCCCGCGGAUCGGUAUCCGAAUUCGCGACAGUUCUGCAGAGAGGUGCCCAGGCACAGGGAAUCCACCUUGCGGUAUUAUGAAGGAUGGUUCAAAGCAGAGGCAGUCAAGGAAGAAGACAGUUUCCUUCAGCUCCAUGCCAAAUGACCGUAAGAUGAACAGCACAGCCGCCUGCAUGGCCUUCAUGAUGGAAGGCUGCGAGAUGAAGAAAGUCCGCUCCAAUUCUCGUAUGUACAAUCGUUACUUCCUGUUGGACCCUGACAUGCGCUGGCUCCGCUGGGAGCCAUCCAAGAAAGACUCUGAGAAAGCCAAGCUUGAGAUCAAGAGCAUCAAAGAAGUUCGAUUGGGCAAGAAAACACCUGUCCUGCGCAGCAAUGGUCUCUCUGAUCAGUUUCCGGAUGAGUGCGCUUUCUCAAUUAUAUAUGGAGACAACUAUGAGUCCCUGGAUCUGGUUGCAAGCACAGCAGACGUGGUUAGCACCUGGGUGAUGGGACUGCGGUACCUGGUCUCCUAUGGGCGACACAUGGUGGGUGUAGUCGAGGCCAGUCAGCCUAGUGUAAGAACAUCCUGGAUUGGUUCAGUGUUUGAGCUAGCUGAUCCGGAGAGGCAAGGACACAUUGACCUCUUUCGGGCCACUCAAAUCAUCAAGGGCCUCAAUCCUGGUAUGAGAGAGUCUCGCAUUGAACUGAAGUUCAAAGAGAUACAGAAAGCCAAGGACUGCUAUGGCGAAGGCAUUGAUUUAGACACGUUUGUAGAGGCCUAUUGUGAACUGUGCACACGCCCUGAGAUCUUUUUCUUGCUUGUACAAUUCUCCAGCAACAAAGAGUACCUGGACUCCAAGGACUUAAUGUUAUUUGUGGAGGUGGAGCAGGGAGUGGAGGGAGUCACAGAAGAAAUGUGUCGGGAGAUUGUACGCAAGUACGAACCUUCCGCUGAAGGACAAAACAAUGGCUACUUGUCCAUAGAUGGCUUCACACACUACCUCCUGUCGUCCGAGUGCCACAUUUUUGACCCGCAGCACAAGCGUGUUUGUCAUGACAUGACACAGCCCCUUUCACACUACUACAUAAACUCUUCCCAUAAUGCCUCACUUUUGGAGGAUCACUAUUGGGGUUCGGCAGACCUCAGCAGCUAUGUCCGUGCGCUACGCAUGGGCUGUCGAAGCUUGGAGGUUGUGGUGUGGGACGGCCCUGACUGCGAGCCUGUGGUUUAUGUUGGGAGUUCAGUUGCCUCACAUCUGGCCUUCUGUAAAGUUCUGGAUGUCAUUAACCAGUAUGCCUUUGAGAGCUCAGAGUAUCCGCUAAUCCUCUGCCUUGUCACACACUGCAGCAUCCCCCAGCAGAAGGUCAUGGCUCAACACAUGAAGAAGAUCCUUGGGGACAAACUGCACACUGAGCCUCCCAAUGCAGAGGAAUACCACUUGCCCUCUCCUGAGAAACUCAAGGGAAAGAUACUCAUCAAAGGGAAGCAGCUGCCUCCAGACUUGCAAGACUCUGAAGGGGAGGUGACAGAAGAAGAAGAAGGGUUCGAGAUGUCUAGGAGAAUGCUAGGUGGAAAUGAUAAGGACCAGCUCAAUGGGAUUGGCUGCAAACGGUUGCGGCUCUGUAGAGAACUGUCCGAUCUAGUCACCCUCUGCAAGUCUGUACAGUUCCGAGACUUUAAGACAUCAAAACGGGAACAGAAGCAUUGGGAGAUUUGCUCCUUUAACGAGGUCGAUGCCAACCACUUUGCCAAUGAGUUUCCAGAGGACUUUGUCUCCUAUAACAAGCGAUUUCUGUCACGAGUGUACCCUACACUUAUGCGCAUUGAUGCUAGCAACAUGAACCCACAGGAUUUUUGGAAGUGCGGUUGCCAAAUUGUGGCCAUGAAUUACCAGACUCCGGGCCUGAUGAUGGAUUUGAACUUUGGCUGGUUUAGGCAAAAUGGAAACUGUGGCUAUGUCCUUCGUCCUGCCAUAAUGCGUGAUGAGGUGUCGUAUUUCAGUGCCAAUGCUCGUGACUCACUACCUGGAGUCUCAGCCCAGCUUCUCCACAUCAAGGUAAUUAGUGGUCAAAAUCUACCAAAGCCUCGGGGCUCGGCUGCUAAAGGUGAUGUUGUUGAGCCAUACAUCUAUGUGGAGAUCCAUGGAAUUCCAGCAGAUUGCACAGAACAGCGAACCAAGACUGUCUCUCAAAAUGGUGACAAUCCCAUUUUUGAUGAAAGCUUUGAAUUCCAGAUUAAUCUUCCAGAAUUGGCUGCUUUGCGAUUCGUUGUCCUCGACGAUGACUACAUAGGCGAUGAAUUUAUUGGCCAGUACACCAUUCCUUUUGAGUGCCUGCUUCCUGGUUACCGGCAUGUACCAUUGCAAUCACUUACAGGGGAGUUUUUGGCCAAUACCACACUGUUUGUUCAUGUUGCCAUUACAAAUAGGCGAGGCGGGGGCAAGGCACAUAAGAGGGGUCUCUCUGUGAGAAAGGGCCGCAAGGCAAGGGAAUACACCUCCACCAAGACCACAGGGAUUAAAGUGGUAGAUGAGCUAUUCAGGGCAUCAACCCAGCCACUACGGGAAGCAACAGACCUACGGGAAAAUGUACAGAAUGCCAUGGUGUCAUUCAAGGAGCUCUGCGGGCUGACUCCGGCAGCUAAUAUGAAACAGUGUAUCCUGACUGUGUCCUCCUGGAUGAUGAACAGCGAGCGGGCACUAUGGGUAAUGGUGGACCUGAGCGAGGCCUAUCCCACCAUGGAAGCCCAGGGCCCCAUUCCAGAGCUACUGCGCAAAGUGCUCACCGCUUAUGACACGAUGAUCCAGACAAGUCGCACACUGAUCGAAUCAGCCGAUGGCGUGCACUCUAAACUCACACAAGCACAGCGAGCAGGGUUGGACUUUCACGAGGACCUGCAUCGGAUCGGGACGAGGGAAGGACUGAAGGGGAGGAAGCUACAGAAGGCCAUGGAGAGUUACGCUUGGAAUAUCACUGUGCUGAAGGGCCAGGCAGACCUGUUGAAGCAUGCGAAAAGAGAGGCAAUAGACACUUUGCGACAGAUUCACUGUGCUGCUCACUCAUGCGGCCUGGUCAAGAACGGAGCCUCUACGUCCCCUGCGUCACCUCUACUGCCGCCUCACGCACGACCCCUCCACACUAUCCACGAGACUGAGACAGAUAACACCACCCUGCACUGAUAGAGAGUCAGAUAGAGAGAGAACAAAACAAACAGCAACAAAGAAAGAUGAAACAGCAAAUAUACAGUUUUCUCAGUUUAUAUUGAGAGAAAGGUGGCCUUUGCCUCAUAGACCAAGGUAGAGAAAACAGAGAGAGUCAGAUGGGUUGAGUCACUGAAGGACACACAGGAGACAGUUUAACUUGGCUUUACCUGGCAGGCUCAGGUCUUAAAUUGGUAUCCCCACUGAGGAGUCGUGUCUUAAAGGAUUUCACUGGUCUGCUUUCCUGUGACAGAGCCGCUGUAAAAAAAAAACAGCUGUGGUUUGCGUUAGGCGAUCAGACCUCUUCUAGCCAUGAGUUCAGUCAAAUGCAAACCCCAAACUUGAGCACAGUGGUUCUCAAUUGGUUUUGCUUCAGGACCCAGAUUUUACAUUGGACAUCAAGUACAGUCGUUAUUGUACAAAACUGUACAAAAAUCAAACAUUGACAUAUAUAUUAAAACUACUUCGAAUUGCAAAGGCCCAACAAUAUGUUUAACUAUUAUCAUGACAGGCUGAAUAGGAAUAUAAUUUUGUUAACGCGAAAACAAGCUGAAUUGUGAUUAACCAGCCUAGCACAUUGAACAAAAACUGGGCCAAAUGUUGUAUUAUCAUUAGCCAUAUCAUCAUAGGACAGAUGAAUAUGUGGCAAAAUACUAUAAAGUGUGAUUGGACGUACAUCCACAAAAACCAUGUCGGAUAAGAGAUACAUGUUCUUCUCCCUUUUGCAAGAUGAAAAGCCUAUUUAUUUUGCUAUCCUAACUAUUCACAGUUAGGGGAGACCAGGGCUAGAGGUUUAUUUUUGAAAGUCAAUUUCUGCAUAGCCACAUACCUUAAAGUCUUGGCUACAAAAAAAGCUAUUCAAUAUUUUCACCAUUUCUGGCAAGGGAAAAAGAUACAGUUUAGUGAACACAUGUUUUAUUACCCUUUGAGACAAAUAGCAAGUCAUACUGUCACAGUUUAUGGGGCAAGUUGUCACAAUGGAACUUGCCACUAAACCAAUGGCAUAGAUUUCAUGUGAACAGUGAGGAUUGAUGGGGGGAAUGUAUCUUCAACAUCAGGACCACCAAAACAAAAUCUACACCUCUCUUUAAAUCUGCGGCUGCCUUAAACAGCCUAUGAAAAGAUUUUCAGCAAAAUUUAAAAAGUAAACCAAUUGUGAAACCAAAAUGAUUCAUGAAACACAAAAAUGGAAAAGGUGACAUACAAAAAUAUCAAACCACUUUGGGUAAAUGACAUUUGGGUUUAUGACAUUCAAAACGCAUGUGACAACCUGCCCUUAUAAAAAUUUGACAACAUGCCCCGACCUGACUUAAAUGAAAAAUACCUUUGUUUUAAGAACACAUUUAAAACAUUUGGUAAAAAUCUGCCUUCAAAAUAUAGUUGACCCUUGCCUAAAAUGGAUAGUUCACCCGAAAAUGAAAAUCAUUUACUCACUCUCAUGCCAACCCAGGUGUUUAUGACUUUCUUUCUGCUGAAAACUAACGAAGAUUUUUAGAAGAAUAUUUCAGCUCUGUUGGCUCUCACAAUGCAAGUGAAUGGGUACCAAAGUUUUGAAGCUCCAAAAUGCACAUAAAGGCAGCAUAAAUGUAAUCUAUAAGACUCCAGUGGUUAAAUAUAACCAUGAUAGAUGUUGGUGAGAAACAGAUCUAUAUUUAAGUCCUUUUUUAAUAUAAAUUCUCCUCCCUACCCAGUAGGUGGUGAUAUGCACGAAGCAAAUCGGCAAAAACGAAAGAAGAAGAAUGUGAAGUGAAAGUAAAUGUGGAGAGUUCUAACAAAAAUAUGAUGAUGGUGAAAAUUUACUUUGGAGGUAGAAUUCACAAAAAUCUUUUUUAUUUAAAAGGGUUUUGAACUAGUUGUUUUAAACCAACAUACAAAACCUCUGCUAGAGAAAACACACAUUUACACAUUAGACUUUUGUCUACAAAUCUUAUCGUUACUGAGAUAUAGCCUUUGUGACAACUUUACUAUGUGUCAACUUGUCCUGGCCUCUGCUGUAUGUUUAGUUGCAUUUUAUUAUUUUAAUUUAGAAUUGCACUUUCUGUACUUUCCAUGACACUAUCAGAACAGACCUGCACCCCACCCGUUGAUAACCACUGCUUUAGCAAAUCUCAGUCAUUUUCAGCAAUUUAAUAUAGAUUUUUAACCUUCCUUGACCCCAGAUGGGCCCAGAUAGCCCAAUAACUUUCACGAGGUACAGUACUACUCCACUGAAAAGUCAGAUAUAUCGAGCUUUCAAAGAAAGCUUCCAAAAACAAGGCAAAUGUUACCAAAACACUCAUUUGAUCUCAGAACUGCAGAUUGUGCUCUCUCACUCCACCUUCUGACUUCUCCAAACAUUUUUUAUUAUUCUAAAUUGGGUAACAUUAGAACUGUCAGCUUAAUACAUCUUGGUCCUAAAAGGGGUCUUUCUCCAGGGGUCUUGUGUGUGUGUGUGUGUGUGUGUGUGUGAGAGAGAGAGUGUGUGUGUAUAUAUACGGUAUGUAUGUGUGGUGCGUAUAUGGUGUAUUUGGGACAAAAGAAAACAUGGAACUUGUUUAAAACUGGAAACUGGACAUCUCCUGUUGAGACGGGCUCAACUGGGAAGACUAGAAACUCUGGGACAAUUAUUAUCUCAGCACCACUGAGGAUCAGACAAGCAAAUAAAUAUUUCAAUAAAUUAAGAAUUAAUAAUUUAACAAAGUCAAGGACACUUUAUAAUUUCAUUAAGGACAAUUUCACACCCGAUAAUACACCCUGUUCAUGAAUAUUCUGAAUUGCUAUUACUGCUGUUACUAUUGUGGGUAGGUGUUAAUUAAAUUAAGGUUAUUUUAUAUUUGCAGAUAACAAAAACAGGUGUCAUUCUGUAUCAGUAGUUCAUUGGAAACCUCACAGGACAAGGAAAGAUGAAUGCUUUGGAGAUGAGGGUGAAACAGAUUGGCUAAAAAAAUUAUUGUCAAAUGACAUCUGAUUGAGAUUAUGUCCAUCAUUUAUAAAGUGCAAAUGAUGUUAUAUAAAAGCUGAAUGACAUCA